GUAUGUGGAACAAAGUAACCUGCUGAUGGAGCAGAGGAACCAUUCACUGCAGACAACAAACGAGAACACACAGGCAAGAGUGUUGCAUGCAGAGCAGGAGAAGCACAUGCUGCCAGUGGAUCGGGGCUGGGACCAGGCCAAAGUUGCAGAGGAGCUGGCAGCUGCCACAGCCCAGGUGUCCCAGCUGCAGCUGGAGCUCACGGCCCACCAGAAGCAGGAGAUGGCCCUGAGGACUCAGCUCUCUGCGGCCGUGCAGGAGGCCGAGCGGCACGAGGCACAGCUCAACAGGCUGCAGGCACAGGUGGCAGAGCUCCAGGAAGCCUCUGAGGACACUCGGAGCAGAUUCAAAGCUGAGAAGCAGAGCCGGAAGCAGCUGGACAUGAAGAUCACGGCGCUGGAGGAAGAGCUGACGGACCUGAAAGUGGAGAAGGAGACCCUGGAAAGGAAUCUUGCAGAGAGGAAGAAGAAAUCCCUCUCAGAGAGAGCUCAGGCAGAGGAGGAGAUGGAGGAAAUACGCAGGUCGUAUCAGCAGGAGCUCGACAAGCUCCGGCAGCUGCUGAAAAAGGCCCGGACUUCGACUGACCAGGCAGCAGCAGAGCAGCUGUCACUCAUCCAGGCAGAGCUGGAAUCCCAGUGGGAAGCCAAAUGUGAGCGUGCCCUGGCCUCGGCCAAGGAGCAGCACGGCCGGCAGUACCAGGAGGUGUGUGAGCAGAGGGACUCCCUGCAGCAGCAGCUGUCCCAGCUGGAAGAGAAGCUCACAGCUCUAAAACACUCAAAAAAAGCAGAGGAGCAAAAAUUGUCAGAGGUUCAGCAACGUUUGGAGGAACUGGAGCCUAUCCAAGAGAAGUUCUCAGCCCUGCAGGCAGAUGCUGUGGUGCUGAAGGCUCGCUAUGAAGAACGGAUCCGAGCCCUGGAGAGGGGUCAGGAGGGAUCCUCACCUGCAGACUUCACUGAAGAAGUAAAGAAGAUCAUGAACAGUGUGUUUCAGUCCCUUCGGGGUGAAUUUGAGCUGGACGAGGCCUACAGUGGCAGGACAGUGCUGGGGGUUGUCAUGAACACUAUCAAGACUGUGACACUGGAGCUGCUCAACAGGCAGCAGGAGAAACCAGAUCAUGACAGUGAAAAGGAGGAAUCUGGAACAGUGAGACAGGAGGGGUCACCUGGAGCAAAGGCUGACCACCAAGAGUCUGUGCAGAAUAGCCCAGCACAGAGUGUUGCAUUCCCAUCUGAUCCUGGGGAAACAACCACAGGGCCCAUGGUGUCUGAGCAGGAAGGCAAGACUGCCCCUCACUCUGCCAGGCCUGGAACUUGUGAGGAGGAGCAGGGGACGUGGAGCAAUGGGGUGGCAGAGGAGCAGAAGGUCCAGGGGGAGCAUCUCUCUCCCACAGCCAAAUCCCACCUGGAUCCUGAGACGGGGCCUGUACUUGCAGGACAGCCUAUUCCUGAGAAGGAGCACAGGCAAGAGAGCAAUCCCACUGGGAAAGCUGAGCCAGAACACAGUCCCUCCAGAGUGUCUUUGCAGGCAGAAGUUGCAGAACCUUCUGUUCCAGAAGCCAAGCCAGAAGUGGAUGUGGCAGCACUUCCAGCAAAUCCAGCUGUGGAGCAGAAGGCAGAGGAGGCUGUGGGAGGUUUGGAGCCUCCUCCCUUAAAUGGGGAGGAGGGGAGUGGCUCAGACCCAUGGGAUGGAGCUGGCCCUGAGAAGGAACAACCUGCCUCGGUGUCCAGCACAGCAGAACUGGGCUCAGCUGUCACCAGAGAAACCCCAGGACAGCAGGAACGGGGCUCCAGCCCCAGGCAAGGAGAUUCCAGCCUCUUUGAGGAUGACAACUUCUUUGAGACAGCAUCUCCUAAACCACUGAAGCCUCGAGUUCCCUCUGAAGAAGAGGAUGAGGAGGAAGUGAGCAUGAAGGGGCGUCCCCCUCCUGCCCCACUGUUUGGGGAUGAUGAUGAUGAUGAUCUGGACUGGCUGGGAUGAAGGUCUGGCUGGGAUGUCUCCUCUGGGCACGGCCUCUUCCUGUGCACUGAGCACUUGGCGAGUGGGACACUUGGGAAUGAGCAGGGACUUCCCUGCAGUCCUGCAGGCUGAGGGGGCUGAGAGCAGUGGCUCUUGUUGCACUCGUGGGCACUCAACCCUGUUGCUCUGAGCUGCCAAACACACGGGGGUUGGAGUGCAGGAGCCAAACAGUGCCACAGCACAUCCUGUUGCUGUCCCCCUCCCUGAGCCCUGGAUUCCUGAACCUCAGACUCCCUCCAAAUAGGAACUUUGUGAAGUGCUUUGGCAGGACCCUGCAGGGGGAACAGCCUGUUUGAAAAAUCAGACUAAAAUCUCCUUUUCUCUCCCAGUGAAGAUCUCCUUGGAAUACUUCUUAGUGCCCAGGGUGGCUCCAAGAUUCCCUGCACCCUCUCACCACUGGGUGUGAGCCAUGUGCUGCUGGAGAUGAGACUCUAGACAGGGCUUCUCUUGUGAGCCGCUGGCUCUGCACAAGCAGGGGGGGCCCCUGGGGGCUGAGGUGGUUCGGGUGGGCACUGAGGCAGAGCUGUGGCACGGGUGGUGCUGGACCAGGGCCCUGUGAGUGGUGCUGACCCUCAGGGCUCUGUUAGACCAACCCCCGGUGAUGGCUGAAGGAGCCCAACCCCUGGCUGUGUGUUGAGAAGGAACCCCAGGGCUCACAGAGACCUCCCAGCCAGCUCCUCUCCUCUGGCCAGAGCUGAGGGGAUUUUUGCUGGGCUGUGUUUCCCUGGCAGUGGGAGCAGCAGCACAGUCCCUGCAGGCAGCCCAGCCCCUCCCCUGUGCCUUUGGCUCUGCUGCUGUUCAAGUGUGACCAUCACAGCACAAAGUAAGCCCCAGUGAUGGUGAACACAAGCUGUAACCACCCCAGGCUGUGCUGGGCAGGUGGGGUUUGGGGUGUAACCCCUCAGUCUGAGGGAGCCAAGAGGGGAAAGGAGCGAGGACAGAGCUGGGCAAACAGCCUGGGGCUCUCACAGCACUUUCACUCUUCACUCAUUGGCACUAACACAACCUAAACUAGCAGCCCUUGAUGUCUUUAAAACAAGUAACUCCUUUCACUUAAUAAAAUGAAACAGCUUAAACUGAAUCUACUGCAAUUUAGUUUCUACAACUGCCUCUAAUCACCUGUGACUGGAACUACUCUGUGUCUUCCCAAAGGUGAUUUCUUGGGAGGAAAACACCCAAAAGAGCACUGGAUGUUGCUGUUGGGGUGUGGGGCUGGUCCCUGUCCCUGCCCCACCCCCUCAGUGCCACAACUUGCCAAAUGCAGCUAAAUUUGGGCAGAGACCAAAGCCUGUGAAACAGCCACCCUGGUGCCAGGUACCUGAGCUGGGGCUUCCUGGGAGCCACUCCAGAAGUUAGUGCUGACCCUGAUGGUGUUUGGAACCUGGAUUUUCUCUGGGGCUCCUUGUGCUGCUCCCAGUGUUGGGGCCCUGAUGUGGCCUCUGUCCAUGCACUGUCCCAGGAGAGGUCAUUGCUCAUAACUAACAAGUUCCACUUCUUGUUCCCUGUUACAAAUAGACAACCUGAGGGAUUUGCAUUUCACUUCUUGGAAAAUAAAGUGCAAUUAAACCUGUA